ACCACCACCACUACUACACCCACCACCACCACCACUACCACACCCACAACCACCAUUACAUCCACCACCACCACACCCACUACACCAGUCCCUCCAUUGCAAGCAAACGUGACUGGCACCUGCCAAGUGACUGUAAACGAAUUUUACUUCAACGUUACGAGCCCCAACUAUCCUGCCGACCAUCCGCCAUGUCCCUACUGCCUCAUCAAGUUCUCAUCGCUGGAGCCCAAAUACCUCCGCGUGAUGCCCGAGACUCCAGACAUCGGCUGGUUUGAUUGGAUGACUGUCAGCGGAGUCUACAAACAGAAGCAGCAAAUUACUGGCGACAGCAGCUACAAAGAAAUUUACUUCCCAAGUGCCGAUGUGACUUUUAAGUACAAAGCCUUCUGGCUGUUCAACAAACGCUCAUUUUCAGUCUUCUUUGAGGUCUACUCCAAUGACUGCUACAAGAUCAUAAAUUUGCAAAAGGGAAGUGUUGGUAAGCUGACGCUGCCUGGUGACUUCGGCGCGCGCCCCUUUUGCGAGUGGUGGUUGAGGGCACCAAAAGGAAUGAAAGUCGAAGUUUAUGUUGAGGAAUUCUCUGCCGGCAAUAAGGACUGCAACAAAGCCUACGCCCUCAUCAAUUCCAAUGGUUCAAGCUAUGACAGUUCCAACACUCGCCGACUGUGCGGAACAGAAACCAUCAGAAAUACAUCGGUACUCAACGAAAUGAACGUUCUUUUUAACGGCAAAUACAGCGCCCGACCUCGGUUCACUGCUUCCUACAAGGUGCUUUGAGGAGCUGAUUCAAAACAACCUCUAUUAUAUCAGAGCUAAAAUAAAUAUAUUGUCCGUAAUCAGAACGUUAGAAGAAUUUUAAAAAGAAUUUCAACGAAACUUACAUUGGACACUGAAAAAACCUUCAAUUACUUGCUAAGAGGAAUAAUUCGAGGGUUUGCUUAUGGCUUGCUUAGUGAUUUGCUUAGUGGUACAGCGCUUAAUUUCCUGAAGCUUCAGCAAAGAAUAAAUUGCUUACUGAAAAUUUA